AUGCUGACCUGUUGCGGAGGUGGCCCCGGCGCCCGGAAGAAGUUGGACAUUGGGGACGUGGAUGAGUUCCGGAAGCAGCUGGCACAGCAGCGGGACCAGCUGAGACUUUGGAUCAUCAAGGCGAAGCAGGAAUGGGAGGAAAAGCAAUCAGGAGCUGGUCAUCGAGGUGAAACCAAUGAUCAGGAGUACUACAUUGCCUCCAUUGGAGAAACACUUGGUCCCAACCGCGAAUACCUGGCCGAAGCCAGCAUAGGCCGAGGGGUCUUCUCCAGCGUCUUUCGGUGCAAGCACGUGACCCAAAAGACAGACUAUGCUCUGAAGUUCGUGCGAGCCAACAAGAUGAUGCGAAAGGCGGCAGAGAAGGAGGUGGAAACCUAUCGGAAGCUUGCAAAGUUGGCGGCCAAGGAAGAUCAGGAGGGAGCACAAUACAUCAUGUUGCUGUCCCCACCUGAGACUUUCGAACAUCAGGGCCACCUGUGUUUGGUGUUUGACCUGCUGAAGUGCGAUCUCCGAACUGCCCUGUCCAAGUAUGGGCAGGGAAAAGGUCUUCCACUUCAAACGGUGGCACAGUAUGCCAGGCAACUCUUCCUUGCCCUCCGGUGCCUCCGGAAGAUCAAACUCAUACAUGGUGAUUUAAAGCCUGACAAUGUCCUCAUGACACUGGCGAAAACAGAGAUCAAGUUGUGCGACUUCGGAUCUGCGAUGGAUGUGGGCGAGGCAGUGAAAACAGCAUACUUGCAACCUCGCUUUUAUCGAGCACCUGAAGUCAUCCUGGGAACAGGGUAUGACACCCAGAUUGAUCUCUGGAGUGCCGGGGUCACCCUUUUCGAGCUGGCGAGUGGCAAGAUCCUCUUCACUGGGAAGACGAACAACUCCAUGAUCCGCCAGAUGUUAGAGGUGUCCGGUGCCUUUCCCAAGAAGCUGGCGACGUCGGGGGAGUUUGCCGCGAAGCACUUCAACUCCGAAGGUGAGUAUUUGCUGAAGGAUCCCGACUCAAUCACAGGGAUCCGAGAUAUCAUCCCUAUGAAGAAGUAUGAGAAGCCGAGGCAACCUGUGAGUGGCAUGUUGGACAAAGUCUUCAAGAAUCCGCCUCCCAACUCGGAUCCGAAGACGCAGGAGCGGCUCAUGCCGCGCCUGGCCGACUUGGUGCAAAAUCUCCUGAAGCUGGUGCCCGGCGAUCGAUGUACUCCAGAGGCAGCUUUGGCUCAUCCCUUAUUCCAGAAGGACAAAUGA